AUGAAAAAGGAAAGUACAAAACGAAAACUAAACAAACUAGAGAAGGCCAGAAAGGUAAAUACUACAUUAAAUCAUACCUAAAAUAUUAAAAUAGUCUGUCUCUAAAUUUUGACCCAACAAGAACUGUAAACUAAACUAUAUACCUUCUGUAUAUCUACCCUCAUCAAUUGCUUCCAUCUCUUGAAUAAAAUGCUUUCCAAUCGAACAGCUACAACUCUUGAAAUGUUACGAUGUCCGUAAAUCGUUAUUAAAUCUUGCUUUACCUCACGUAAAAGUUUGUGCACACAUUUUGUUUCGUAUAAAAUGGGCCAUGCCAAGCAACCAUGUUUUUUACUUUAGAACUUUAUAAGAACUGCACGGCAUUCCACAUGCACAUGAUCAUGUGACUUAUGACCGUGACAUUGUUUGGUAGGGAGAAUUUUUAUUUUGAUAAUGUAGUACAAACAAUUUCGCUGGUGCUUCACGUCAAACAAACCAUUUCCCACAAAUAUAUUCAGCAAACGAUAGGAAUUUUGCGAUUAUAGUUUUCAUACAAUUGUACGCGACUGCCAUCAUAGACAAUCCAGAAGACAUGUCUUCUGGAUUGUCUAUGCUGCCAUCUACUGGCGCGACAGAACUUCCUGAACUGCGCUGCAAGUUCAAAAAAUAAGAAAAUGGUUUGAUGCUGAAACCAAGUCAUAUUUUAAGGAAAUUACAGUGGUGGGCAAAAUACAGUAUUAAGCCAAUCAGUGGUGGGCUAAUACUCUUUCAAUGGUGGGUGGCCAAAUGCCCCACUAUUCUAUUACUUAAAAUAUGCCUUGGUUGAAACCCGUGGAUUUCUCAUUACUAUAUUUCUGAUGACGUUUAGGAAAGUUUGGAUUGUGAAACAGCAUUGAAAGAUGCAGUGAGAGAGAUGAACACCAGCAGUACAAUUACUAGAGACAAUUCCAGACGUGAACCACUCUCUACCAUUCAAAUAAACAGAAACUCGACAACUGCAUUUGCAGAUUUACUAAAAUCAGUUAGUACUGAUAGUCUUCCCUUUGGAUGGACAUUGAUAAAAACAGGCGGUGAAUCUAUUAAAAUCGUGCAUUUGCAAGAGAGCAAACAAGAUUGCACCAAGAAUCCGAUGAUAAGUAAAUCUAUAACUGUAAAUAACAAUACAUCAUGGUCACUCAAAGUUCUCGAUAGAAUUUUCACAAAUUUCGACACGCCUGGAUGUGAAAGUUUAAAAAAGUUUAAAAAUAUUCGAACUAAAGAUGACUUACUGGGAUUAGUGAAUGUAGUCCAUUCUAGUACGAUUUGUUGCGGAAACCCUGAUAUUGACGUACGCCAUAAGCAAUCCAGAGAAAUGAGUUUUGAAGUGGAAAUGCAAGACGGUUCUUGUUAUAAUAGUACCAUUCGUUCGGAUCAAUGUUCCUUGUUGACUCGCAAGAAAGAUCGGUGCAAUGAAUGCGUUAAGCAAAGGAAUUAUUUGCGAGUGAUCAAGAGUAGGCAAGCAAAAGCAGAUACGAAUCAGCGAACUGUUGUCGACAGUCAUGUCAACUACAGAUACCUUUCUCCGGAAGAGAAAGAUGAAAAGAUUAAAAAUUUGCACAAGGAAUUGAAAGCUACCAAACAAACAUGGAUAAUGAUUUCAAAUUUGCAUAGCAUGACCAAAUUGUCGGCUGGCUUCGCUACUGGUAUUGCAUGGUGA